GGAAAAGAACAGUCUGACGGACUAAGUUCCAGGAAAAGAAGCGCGAUUCCAGUAUAAAUUGAAAACAAAGGACCGCAUCGUCUCUCUCCAGCGCUGUCGGCCUGGCUUAAAGUGAUUAAUUAUUUAACAGGCGCUCACUACUCUUUUAUGUUGCGAACGAGGUUGUGGCUACGAAGGCCAGCUUUUGCAAGAAGCUCCACGCUACCGUCGUCCUGGGACCUACCACGAAAGCAUCGCCUUCAAAAAAGUAACGAGAAAACAAAGGACUUCCUUAGGAACACUGGGAAUAUUAGAGAAAGAGAGGCGGAUACAUGCAAAGAAAGCACCGCUGCAUGAGCGUCGAGUUCUUCAAGCCACGUCAAAACGACUUAAAAAAUUUUCAUAUUAACUUCGGUUACGUUUUUACUUCUGUCGCUUCAAAAGCGUUUCUUCAGGCAUGAUUGAGAGACUGAUACUCGUAUGCGUGGCACUUCUUGCGUGCGGAACGUGCGUCGCCUCCAGUGAGAUCGACGAGUCACCAGAGUGCAUACGAGUGAUGAGAGCAGUCGAUGCCUGCUCAGAGAAGUUCAAGGGACGCCUACCCAGAGAGCUUUUCACAGAGAACGCAAGCGAAUCACUAAGGAGAAAGUUUGCACUUUGCGUCGCACAAUACACCCCAGCCAACGAGUCACUAGAUCCGUGCACCAGCCAAGUUACGAUGACGAUCACAGCGCAUUGCAUUAAGGCGGAAAUGUUCCAGAUGGCGUCUAUAAAGCACAAGUACAGUAUACUGGUGCUCAUCGACGGAUUCGUGGAGUGCAUGGCUCAAGAACUGCACCAUCCACUGGCGAUCUUGCGAAGUGCUGUUGAAGGCACUAGGUGAGCCGACGGCGACGAGACCGUUCCCGAACCCGUGCGCCGCGUCAAUGAAAGCACCAACUCGGGAUUGGACGCAUAUUGCAGACUGCGGCUCGACGUCCCCAACGCGGAUGUUACAGUGACUUCCCAAUAAAUCCUCUAGUCAUUGUCAUUGGUCGUAUGCGUUAACGACUGACAUGG